AACUACGUGCAUUAGAUGUAAGAAAAAUCAAUUCCGCCACGGGUAACUUCGACCCUGCAAAUAAGAUAGGGGAGGGAGGCUUUGGGCCGGUUUACAAGGGCGUACUUUCGGAUGGUGGCGUAAUUGCAGUUAAGCAGCUCUCAUCAAAAUCAAAGCAAGGGACCCGUGAAUUUGUUAAUGAGAUAGGCAUGAUAUCUGCUCUGCAGCAUCCAAAUCUUGUUAGGCUUUUCGGCUGCUGCACUGAAGGAAACCAGUUGCUGCUUAUAUACGAAUACAUGGAAAACAACAGCCUUGCCCGCGCACUUUUCGGUCGGGAUGACAACCGGAUGCAUCUAGAUUGGCCAACAAGGAAGAAGAUAUUGUUGGGGAUAGCAAGGGGGUUAGCUUACCUUCAUGAGGAGUCAAGGUUGAAAAUUGUGCACAGAGAUAUAAAGGCAACAAAUGUGCUACUUGAUAGGGAUCUAAAUGCCAAGAUAUCCGACUUCGGUUUAGCUAAACUCGAUGAAGAAGAGCACACACAUAUCAGCACAUGA